GAAGUAAAACAAAAAAAUAAGUCGAUUCUCUCCCCUUGUUCUCGUUCGCAGUUCAAACUCGAAAGGUGUGCAAAGUGCGCGAGUGGUGUUUUUGUGUGUUAUUCGUGAAAAUUUGCCGGGUUUUAGUGCUGCUCAGUGGUUUACGCUGGAUCAACGACUCCAAAGCGCCAGGCCACCAGUUUCAGCAGAAGUUGUGUCCAGGCAGGAAGCAAAUCUUGGAAGUUCCUCGGAGGUGGCUUUGCGAUAACAGCAGAUCUUUAGCAGUUUGGAGAAACGUGUUCCACAAGAGGCCUUCCUCUUCUAGAAGCACCGUGGUAGGACCGUGUUCUUGCGGGAAGUUUCGCGUUGUUGCCAGAACCGAAAAUCGAUUUCUCGGUCGGUUCUCUGCGGUGAAACAAAAAAUAAACAAGUGUUUUGUGGUGGAAAUUUGCUCACGUUUCACGGUUCGGUGCCGCUUCAACAGAGCCCGUCAAGGAAAAGAGUUGUUGUGCAUUUGUGCAAAAGUAGAAAAAAAAGUGAAUCAGUGGAAAAAAUUUCAAGUGUCUGUCGUUGCACACACACAGAGUGUGAGUUGAAGCAAAUCGAAAAAUUAAUACCCAUUCGCCGCUUAGUGAAAUCAUUAAAGUGAGCGAGCGUGAGUUGUAGAGUAAAACCAACAAAAUACGUGGAAUUGUACGUGUUGUGUCGUCAGUCAGACGUGUACACACACCUUGGCAACACCUUUUUUUCACGGGUGGUGAAAUACGAAAAUUUUGCAUUAUUUGGAGUACCAGCAGCAGCCAGGUCUUCGGCGUCAUACAAGGAACAAAAAAUCAAAUAGAAACACACCACCAGAACCAGUGAUCGUAGUACAACUUAGCGUUUAGUCAAUAGCAAACAUCCCACUGAUUUAAGGCUUUACAAUAACCUAAAAAAAGGCAAAACCCAUCACUACCGUAAAUCUGUUCCCGAGAGCUUGAGAUAUACUACACAAUUUGGAACCAGUUCAGCACCGCGCAGACAUCGACCUAAUCACUGGCCAGCACCAGUUGAGACUCCGGCAGACACACCCCCAAAAAAUACAACAUCCCUUAGCCCACAAAAUGAAUUGAUCUCGUUCGCACGUAGAAUCCCAGCAGAAAGCGAGGGUGUUGUAGAACACUUUCAUACGAGUUGCUCAAAAGCACAGGGCGGAAGGGACUGACAAGGAGAACGGAUUACCACCACCACCACCGGCUUCACCAUGGUUGACUACUACAAAACCCUGGACGUGGCGAGGACGGCCACGGAGGCAGAAAUCAAAAAGGCAUACAAAAAACUAGCGCUACGAUGGCACCCGGAUAAAAAUCCAGACAACCCAGAGGAAUCAAACAGACGGUUCAAAGAGAUCUCAGAGGCGUACGAAGUUUUAUCAGAUGCCUACAAACGGCGCAUUUUCGACAGCCGCAGCACGCGGAAGAGCGCGUCCGCGACGUACGGUGGCGGUGGCAUGCGGGACAGCAGCAAUUACAGCACCAACCGGGACUACAGCAAGUACCGGUCCUCGACGGGCGCGGACUAUGACUUUGACAGUACGUUCUUCGGGCGGAACAGUUACGGUGGGGGCGCACGGUCCUACCACAACCACAAUCACCACUAUCCGUCGUCCGGGGCCGGGGGUCGUGAAAACAGCCGUACGUUUUCGUUCCGAGGAUUUUUCGAGACGACGCCGUUUUUCCGCUUCUUUGAGAAAAAACGUCGCAUCUACGACCAGUACGGCAAGGAGGGUCUGAUGAGCAACGGCUCCGAGCGGUACCACCAGAGCAGUCGACACCGGCGACACAACGGCGGAGGCAUCCACGACGAGUUCGACAUCUUUGGCGGCUUCCCGUUCACGUUCCGCGACCCGGAGGAGGUGUUUAGGGAGUUCUUUGGCGGUUCCCCGUUCGAGGAGAUCUUCAGAGUGACGUCCCACAACGGACAUCGGCGGCACGCGAACGGUCACCACCACCACAACGGCCAGCGGCACUCGCACCCGCAGAACGUGAUCAGCUCGCCGUUCAUGUCGCCCUUCAUGAGCUUCAACCUGAUGGACGAGUUCUUCAACGCGGACCCGAUGGCGCACCGGGGAGGGGGUGGCGGUGGCGGCGGCAUCGGCGGCGGUGGCUUCACCUCGAUAUCGGAGUUUAGCGUCGGGAGUGGCCCCGUGAAGCGGACGUCCACCUCGACCACCUUCGUCAACGGGAAGAAGCUGAUGACGAAAAAGGUGUACGAGAACGGCACCGAGACGAUAAUGUCGUACGAGAACGAUGUACUAAAAUCAAAGACUGUAAACGGAGUCGCUCAAGCUCUUUCCAGCUACGGCCACUAAGAGCCCCGGACCGUGGGAGGAGGUCGACUCGUGCGGCGCUAGAACAAGAUAACUAGAAAACUAGACAGCAGCAGCAGUGGAUUAACCCAAUAUUCUAGUGGAAUGCAUAGCGACGAAAAGGGGAGCGAGCUUGAAUGUGCGGAAACGAUUUAGUGUACUAUCCUAGUGUGGAUCCUGUGCUGAAUGAAUGGCACACGUUUAGAGCAGAGCUAGCGUUCAUUUACUAUAAAUACCUAUUACAGAAACCUACUACUAAACUACUACUACUGUUACUCUUACAUCUAAAUGGAGAAAAUUAGUAACCAUAGACAGAUUCAACCCCAAUUAAAGCAGCGCAAGUUGCGAACCAAAUUCACAGAGAUAUGCACCAAAUCUUAAAAGAUACAACAAAUUAUUCAAUAAACAGAAACAAAACAAAAAUCAGACAUGUAAUAACAGGAUACCGAGAGAACCACACUGCUGUAAUAAUAAUCAUUUCAUUUGUGUAAAAAAUAGUAGAUAAAGCAACACCUAGAAUCCGAAACACUACCACGGCGAAGCAUGCAACAAGAAAAAAAAACUUACCUAAAACUAAAGACUAGCUCUUAGGGGGAACCGAGAACGAGAGGACGCGAAGAAAAAAUCAAACGCUAUUUCACUACUUAACUAUUACACCGUUGAGA